AUGAUACAGGUCUUCCUUUCUGUAUUACUUGUGAGAAUUAUUACAGUGCACAUUCUGCACAUCAUGAACUUUUAUAAGUUAGAUAGGUCUCUGCGGUAUUUACUGGUUAUAGCCCACCCCGAUGAUGAAAGCAUGUUUUUUGGUCCUUUUCUAACGAAAAUCCUAGCAAACAAAGGAAGCAUAUCUAUCGUUGUUUGCACUGGCGGUGACAAAGGCGGAGAUAAAGAGGUGCGUAGUAAGGAGAUGGAGCGUUUGUGUGCAUCCCAUAAAGUGCCUCUUUUUAUGCUUGAGUAUCCUGAUUCAGAGCUAGCUGUCACAAACAAACUUAUGAGCAGCCUGGAGGAAAUUUACAGAAAAACGCAGAGCACUGCGCUUGUUACAUUUGAUGCAAGCGGCGUAAGUCGCCACUGUGACCACAUAACGUGCUGUGAACUAGGAGAUGCACUAGCGAAAAAAGUAAACACAGAACAUCUGUACAAUCUAGUGUCUCUCACCCUGAUCGAAAAGUAUAUCUUUCCCCUCCUUGCAGUCUUCCGGCUGGGCAGCAGCCCAGAUACUGAUAUCUUGAUCACAAGUUCUGCUACUGAAUCUAUAAAAAAUAGAAAAAGAAUGCGGUAUCACACAAGCCAACUUCUCUGGUAUAGGUAUUUGUACAUUGUAUUUUCCUGCUAUAUGGACUUUAUUAUUCUUCGAAAAAAGAUUCACAAAUAA